AUGGCCAACCCCAGAGUCGAGGAACUUCCCGAUGAGGAGCCCAAGAAGGUCUCCGUCGAAGAGCACGACGACGAUGACAGCUCCGAUUCCGAGAUUGAGGUCGGCGAAGGUGGUGCUUCAGGCUCUACUGCCGUUGUCCACUCCCGUAACGAGAAGAAGGCCCGCAAGGCCAUCGAGAAGCUUCACUUAACUCGCGUUACCGGCAUCACCCGAGUGACUCUCCGACGACCAAAGAACAUCCUAUUUGUUAUCAACAACCCGGAAGUCUACAAGUCGCCCAACAGCAACACCUACAUCGUCUUCGGUGAGGCCAAGAUUGAGGACCUGAACUCGGCUGCCCAGCAAGCUGCGGCACAGUCCCUCGCCGCUAGUGGUGGUGAGCACGACCAUGCUGGCCACGACCACAGCCACGGCGAGCCCAGCAAGGCCGUCGAGGACGCUGAGGAAAAGAAGGAUGAUGACGAUGACGACGAAGAAGUCGAUGCCGAAGGGCUCGAGGAUAAGGAUAUCGAGCUGGUUAUGACUCAAGCGAACGUCAAACGAAACAAGGCUAUCAAGGCCCUGAAAGAAAACGAUAACGACAUAGUCAAUUCGAUUAUGGCGCUGAGCGUUUGA